CCUCUGCCAUCGGGGCAAUGCUGGGCGGCGACGAAGGGGGAGAGGGGGAAGAGGCCGCGGCCGCCGCGCCCUCGCCGCGCCCCGCCGCCUCCGCCUCGCCCUCCCCGACGGAGGAGGCGGGGGCCGCCGUCCUCGCUGCCCACGCCCAGGAAGCGGCGGCCGACGAUGAGGAGAAGAAGGGCGGCGAGGACGACGACGAGGAGGAGGCCGCGGCCGCCGAGGCCGAGCAGGACACCCGGCAGCGCUACGAGGAGCUGUGCAGCAGCCUCAACAUGGACGAGCGCGCCCGCGCCGAGGCCUGGCUGAGCUACCAGGGCAUGAGGAGGAAUUACACCCUGGAGGGGAAUGAUCUGCAUUGGCUAGCAUGUUCCUUAUAUGUGGCUUGCAGAAAAGCUGUCCCAACAGUUAGUAGAGGAACCGUUGAAGGAAACUAUGUAUCUUUAAUAAGGAUAUUACGCUGCUCAGGACAAAGUUUGAUAGAGUUUUUUAACAAGAUGAAGAAAUGGGAAGAUAUGGCAAAUCUACCCUCCCAGUUCAGAGAACGUACCACAAGAUUAGAAAGAAACUUUACAGUUUCUGCUGUAAUUUUUAAGAAGUAUGAACCCAUUUUUCAGGACAUUUUCAAGUAUCCUCAAGAUGACCAACCACGCCAGCAGAGAGGAAGAAAGCAAAGGCGUCAACCAUGCACAGUCUCUGAAGUUUUCCAGUUUUGCUGGGUGCUGUUCGUUUAUGCAAAAGGCAAUUUCCCUAUGAUCAGCGAUGAUUUGGUCAAUGCCUACCAUCUCUUGCUGUGUGUCCUUGACCUCGUCUUUGCAAGUGCUCUGCAGUGCCCAAAUCGGAAGGAGCUGCUGAAUCCUAGUUUUAAAGGGCUGCCUGAAGAUUUUCACAGUAAAGAUUUUAAGCUGUUACCUGAACCUCCUUGUAUCAUUGAGAAGCUCUGCUCUCUACAUGAUGGGUUGGUCUUGGAUGCCAAAGGCAUAAAAGAACAUUUCUGGAAACCUUACGUGAGAAAACUGUUUGAGAAAAAGAUUCUAAAGGGAAAAGAAGACAGUCUGACAGGGUUUCUAGAUCCUGGAAACUUUGGAGAAAGUUUCAAAGCCAUCCACAAAGCCUAUGAGGAGUAUAUAUUGUCGGUGGGAAAUCUGGACGAACGGAUAUUUCUUGGGGACGAUGCGGAUGAGGAAAUUGGAACCCUGCGAAGGUGUUUGAACACGACCUCCGGAAUGGAAACUGCCGAAAGAGUGCAAGUGAAGUGUACUUUGCAGGAGCACUUCGAGCGAGCAAAAUCCUUCAGAAUUUCUACACCUCUUACUGGCCGAAAAUACAUAAAGGAGAGUGACUCUUGCGCGAGUCCCAUUUCCAUCGCCACGUACAGUUUGACACGGCUUCAUACAAUGCUUACAGGACUGAAAAAUGCGCCCAGUGAAAAUCUGGAGCAAAUUCUCAGGUCAUGUUCCAGGGAUCCUUCGGUGUCAAUUGCCAGCAGAGUGAAAGAAAUGUAUGAAAUUUAUUGUAAGAAGACCCAGUCUGAUGGAGAACCUGGUAGUGUCAAGGAUAUUGCUGGAAAACACUUUCGUCUUGCUGAAGUCCUUUACUAUAAGGUUUUGGAAUCUGUUAUUGAGCAAGAAAAGAGAAGACUUGGAGAUGCUGAUUUAUCUGCAGUCCUGGAGCACGAUGUGUUUCACAGGUCUCUCCUGGCCUGCUGCCUGGAGAUAAUCAUUUACUCUUACACGGCAGUUGACAGCUUCCCAUUCAUCACUGACCUAUUUGAUGUUCCCGCCUUUCACUUCUAUAAGGUGAUAGAGAUUCUGAUUAGAGCAGAGGAUGGCCUGUGCAGAGAGGUGGUUAAGCAUCUCAAUCACAUUGAAGAGCAGAUUCUGGAAAGCCUGGCAUGGAAAGAAGAUUCUCCACUGUGGGACAAAAUCAGAGAGAAUGACAACAAAGUUCCGACGUGUGAGGAGGUAAUGCCGCCUCAGUAUUUUGAAAGGUCAAAUGGGAACAGCGUGGCAGGUUCCCCUUUAACGCCAAGGAGACUAAAUGAGGUUCGUGCGGAAACUGGAGCACUGGGAAAGGGACUUCCAUCCUCUCCAGCCACACUUUACGAGAGAUACAGCUCUCCAACAAGCAACCCGACUAGGAGAAGGUUGUUUGUUGACAAUGACACGCCCACUGAAGCCACCCGGACGCCUGUCAGGGUCUCCCAGCAGCCUGUGAUCAGCCCAAUGCCUGUACAGAAUGUCUCCCCGGAAACCAUACCUGUCACUCCCGUACCUGGGCAGACCUUAGUUACUGUAGCAACUGCUACUGUAACUGCCAAUAAUGGGCAGACCGUUACCAUCCCCGUACAAGGCAUUGCAAAUGAAAAUGGUGGAAUAACGUUCAUUCCAGUCCAGGUCAACGUAAGCGGGCAGGCACAGCCGCUCUCCACCUCCAUCCAGCCGCUCAGCGCGCAGUCCCUUGCUGGGGCACUGAGUUCCCCGCAGGUGGCCGGCACAGCGCUUCAGUUGCAAGGCCAGUUCCAACAGAUCGCCCUUCCCGGAGAACAGCAAAGGCAGCCCGUGGGGGGCGGCAGGCCCCGGAGGGCUGGCUCACUCGCGCUCUUCUUCAGAAAGGUGUUCCACUUGGCCAGCGUCCGCCUGCGGGAUCUCUGUCUCAAACUGGAUAUUCCAGCUGAGCUGAGGAAGAAAAUCUGGACGUGCUUUGAGUUCUCGCUGGCGCAGUGUUCUGAGCUGAUGAUGGGCCGGCAUUUAGACCAGCUCUUGAUGUGCGCCAUUUACGUAAUAUCGAAGGUUACGGAAGAAGACACCUCAUUUCAGAAUAUCAUGCGCUGCUACCGGACCCAGCCACAAGCUAAGAGCCACGUGUAUCGAAGUGUCUUGAUUAAAGGCAGACGCCGAAGACACUCCGGCAGUGGCAACAGCAACCAGCAGCGGAAUUCCCCAACUGACAGAAACAGGGAUAGAACAAGCAGGGAUUCCAGUCCAGUCAUGAGAUCUAGCAGCACCCUGCCAGUUCCGCAGCCCAGUAGCGCCCCGCCUACUCCGACACGCCUGGCCGGAGCCAACAGUGAUAUUGAGGAAGAGGAGCGCGGGGACCUGAUUCAGUUUUAUAACAACGUCUACACGGACCGAAUUAAAGACUUUGCCCUGAAAUACUCCUCAACCAAUGGAGUAAGUGCUGAAGCCCCUCCCCUGUCUCCAUAUCCUUUCGUAAGAAGUGGCUCUCCACGCAGAAUACAGCUGUCUCAGAACCACUCCGUUUACAUCUCCCCGCACAAGAACGAGUCCACACUUUCUCCACGUGAGAAAAUAUUCUACUACUUCAGUAGCAGCCCAUCAAAGAGGCUUCAAGAGAUCAACAGUAUGAUACGAACCGGGGAGCCAUCGACAAAGAAGAGGGGCAUUGUCCUGGAGGAGGGGGCUGAAUCGCCAGCUAAGCGCAUGUGCCCAGAGAACCACACGGCCCUCCUAAGGAGGUUACAAGAUGUGGCCAAUGACAGAGGCUCCCACUGACCUCAAACAGACGCAAACGUGGGCUGGGGAGGGCGUUCUUUGGUGCUUUGCCCGCUGGAAUUUGGCAGCAGCUACAGAUCCUUCGGCCGCCAGGCCUUUUGAAGCAUUUUCCAUGGAAAAAUGAAGGAUUUCUGAGCCCUUUCUGGGAAGGCAGUGCUUCUGGCACGAUGAAUCGCAGCUCUCAAAACGGCUCGACGCAGCCUUUGAACAGAGGAGUGCAGUGCCAUAAUGGAGGAAGCGGAGCCCAUUCCCCACUUCAUCCUGAUGUUGGCGCGGAAGAUGCUACACGAACUCUUCCCAAGGUUAUCUCAAGGGUGCGUCGGCAGCGGCAGUUCUCCGUCUGCAUUUUAACUUAUUUGGCAAAAACAAUUGAUAAAUCCUCAGCCCAGGAACUGGCGAUUACGAUCUUUGCAUUAAUUCAGAGACUUUUUUAUGCGAUUUGGUAAACUAUCAGUGUAAUAAUGCUCGGAAUUCGCAGCAUUGAAGAUACAAGUCAGACAACAAUGAUGGAAUUGACGGUAUGCUCUUGGCCAUCUGCUCCAAGGAAGAGAAGUCGUACCCAUUUUCACGUGGGAAUGCUAAAGUGUGCAGCACAACGUAAUAACAAUAUUAUAAAUAGGAGAUAGACAGUAUUUUAAAGAAUUUUCAAGAAAAAUUAAGUCCACUUGCCCAAUUUUUCUUUUCUGAGCCUUUCAAGAGAGCAGUGUAGGGACACUUAAUGUGUAUACAACAUUUUCAGUUGUUUUUAGCUGUGAAAUGUUUUAAGUGAACUCUAUCCAGAGGGUAGCACUUCAACAGCUCUAAAGCAUUGUUUUGAAAUGCAGAUUAUAGAGAGUUUGGCGACUUUGCAAUGGCACUUUUAAAAAAAUAUAUUUUAAACAGCCAAACCAUAAGAUGUAUUAAAUUGCUUGAAUUUGUAUUUAUUUUGGAAGUGCACAGGGGUGGUGGUAUUCAGCAGGUAGACAUUAGCUUGUAGGGUGUGUCUUCCUUGUUCGCAAGCUGUUGUAUUUUCACCUGGUGGUUUGUCUGCAGCGGUCCUCCGCAGAGAAAAAUCGCAGUAGGCCACGCAUUAUUGGACAAGGUUGGAGGCCGUUGAUGUAUUGCAGUGCUUAACCUAGACCAGAGAGACUGUUUCGCAAACUAGUGCUUUCAGAAAGAAACUCUCUGGGUGAUGUGUCCAUGGCUGAACCCACACAGCUUGACUAAAGCAUAAUAGCUACCGUUGACAUUAUCUCGCUUUUAUUGGAAAUAGCAAGCAAGGGAAAAGGAAAAAAAGCAAUGAAAUGUACACGGCAGGCACUUUAGUGGCCAGUUUUAAGAACUGUAGAUUGUUUUUUGAGUACUGCAGAUGUUGAAAUGAGCCCUAUUCGUUACAGAUGCUGCGUGUGCAGCUUUUACAGCAAACCGGUGCUGUUUAAUUAUACGCUUCUAAAAGAAUCUAAACCUUUAUAGCCUUUAGAUUUGCAGAAGGGUUUUGUUGUUUUUUGGCGGUGGGGGGUUGUUUUUAAUUCCACUUUCCAAAUUCUCCAACGUUCACCUUCUAUGGAUUUCUUGCUUGGGUGAUGUAGUGUACAACUAUAAUGUACGAACUGUUGAGAAAUGAUAAACAUGCAUUUUGAUUUUGUA